AAAAUUCCAGAUCGUCGGGAUCCCGCCGCCAAACUUCAACCUACCAAAGAAACUUCCACCAUCAUCAUCAAGGCCAAACCAAUUACAACCUACUAAGAUAUACCUCUCGCGGCUACCAUCUACACUACUACAAGUCACACACACACAUAAAAACAAAAUGUCGCACGCGCGCAUAGAAGAAGUAUCCGACAGCGACCUAUCCGACCCCAGCGAAGGCGACAUCGACGACUUCGUCGAAUCCGACAUCCUACGACAAAAACAACCUCCCACCACCACUACCUCAUCCUCCCGCCCAUCAACCCAAAUCCCCCCCUCCUCAGGGUCCUUCCUCCAACACCCCUCCACCGCACCAGCACAACAAGUCCAAGCCAGCGACAUAAAAGACUACCAAAUGCUGUACCCCGUCUACUUCGACUCCACCCGAUCCCGCGCCGAAGGCCGACGCGUCCCCAAAUCCCUCGCCGUCACCAACCCAUUAGCCCGUGAAAUAGCCUCAGCAUGCGCCUCCCUGCGUCUAUCCCCCGUCUUCGAAGCCCACCGCAUCCACCCCAAAGACUGGGCGAACCCAGGCCGCGUCCGGGUAAAGCUCCCCUCAAAAUCCUCCUCCUCCUCGAAGAACAACAACCCCUACGCCGCGGAUGUGAAGAAUAAACACCAUCUCUACAUCCUGAUCGCGAAACACUUACAAUCGAACCCUACAACCGAUCACAGCGAUGCGCUACGCCGUGUUAGAGUCCCCGGUUUAAACGCGCCGUCUGAUGAGGAGCCUUGGCCCAGGCCGGCUGUGCCGCGGGGUUGGAAGAUGGGUGAAUUGUUGCCUGCGUAUAGUGCUGCUAUGACGGGAGGCGGGGUUAGUGAGAAUGCGUUUAAGGAUAUGAUGCGUGAGAUGCAGGGUGGACCCGGAGGACCUGGUGGUCCGGGAGGUAUGCCUGCUGAUAUGAUGAGCAUGCUAGGUCAAGGAAUGGGAGGAUUUGGUGGCCCUGGUGGUAUGGGAAUGCCAGGCUUAGGUGGCGCGGGACCGAGUGAGAGCAGUGGUGGUGGAGGUGGUGGGAAGAAAGGAAAGAAAGGUAAAGGAAGGGCGUGAGAGCUAAGUGUUAAUCCGAAAAUGAGAUGAGGCAUGAUGACGGCACAUGAGAAGAGGAUACUAAGAAGCAUCUUAUCUACCAUAUAGCUUCACUUUACGCCCCAAUGACUUGUAUAAUUACGGUCUACAAACAUAUCUUCAAAUAUGAACACGAAGA